AUGCACCGCACUGUUAUUGUUGAUGCCGUCUCCAACAUGGCGGCUGCGGGCUGCGUCCUCCGCAGAACCCUGACCCGGUCCAGGUCCAGGUCCGGACCCAACCAGGAGUCCUCGUCCUCUCCCGCGGUCUGCAGGGACUUCCUGUCCGUGGUGGACCUGCAGCGCUACAGCAGAGACCAAGGGUCGUCCGUCUACUUCCCCCAGGCGGUGCUCAGCGGUGAAGACCUGUACGACGUCACACUGACGGACGGCGACUGCCGGCUGCAGGUGACUCUGGAUCCUGGUCUGAACCGGCUGGUGGAGAGACACGUCCUGCGGGUGGGCUCGACGCUACGCAACGCCACCUUCGCCCUCGCCAUGAGCGCUCAGUACCCAGCAUGCACCGGGGCCUCUGCAGAGACAGACAGCUACCGACUGGAGGAGGCGGAGGUCAGAGGGGACGAUGAGGACGGCGAGGACGAUGGCGCCCGGAGGUUUGACGUGGACGCCGACUCUCUGCCCUGGUUUGGAUCCUCAGACCCUGCAGGUGCUCUGGCUCCUCUGAGAGCCAAUAGGAGUGUGUUUCUCCCCCAGUGGAACAAUGUGGACUACAGUGGGGAGGUGUGGAGGGAAGCCCCGCCCACUGAGGAAGAGGCGGAGCAUGGAGAUGAUAAAGAGGAGGAGGAAGGGCAACGACCUGCUGUGACGGUGUCUGAGCUGCGUGACUCCUUCCUGUCUGGUCAUCGCGGCGUUGCCAGGGGCGCCGUCCAGCUUCGUCUGAUCACACGCAUCAUCAACAAGUCACACCUGAUGUAUUAUGGGAGAACCGACCGAAACUGUGAAUGUCCUUAUAAGGCGGUGUUGGAGGUGUGCGACCGGACUGGAAGUGUGUGUGUGGUGUUGUGGAACAGUGUGUGUGUCAACUGGUAUCACCAUCUGAAGCCGGGUGAUGUCAUCAGCCUGAGACGCUAUCGAGUCAAACGUCAUUACCAGGCUGAGCUGGACGAUAUAGAGAUCAGCGUCAACAGCAGGAAUCCAGCUGCUCAGAUAUCUGUUCUCCCAGAAUCCUCAGUUUCAACCGAGUAUCUCCCACCUGCACCAGCCUACAGCUUCUACAACAGUAAGGAUCUCCUGGACCGUCCUCACAGCACUGAGUGUGAUGUCAUCGGCCUGCUUACAUUCACAGGACGAGCAGAGCGAAUCAGGAGCAAGGAUGGUCGAGGGGCGGAGCUUUUGGAGUAUCGCUGGCUGCGAUUGGAGGACGGGACCAGCGAUCAGCCAAUCCACGUGAAGCUCUUCUCCACGUCUCAACCUGAUACACAACGAAACCUCCACCCAUUGUCUGUGGUCGUUUGUACGAGACUGAAGUUGAUCAAAUCUGCAAAUCAAAGUCACAGCUGCAGCUUCCUGACAAACACCAUCAACACUCAGGUGUACUGCACAGGACUGGGCCACCACUCAGAGAUGAGUUAUCGUAAACUCCGGCCAGUGCGACAGUUCCUUCAGUGGAUGAGGAGCCAGGAUGACACACAGGUGCUGAGCAGGGCUCUGAUUGGAGGAUUCUUCAUGUACCCACCUCCUCCGGUCUCCCUGGAAACGUACAUGAAAGAUCGAAGAGGUGAGCCGGGUUUCCUCAGAGGGGCGGAGCUUCAGAGGGAGCUGGAGAGGCUCUGUUAUCGGGAGAGACGCACCUUCUGCAUCCAGGCAACAGGAACCAUGGUUACGUACAGCCGCAGAGGAGAGGAGGAUCGCUCUCUGCUCUGGACGGACAGAGCUGUAUCUCGCUCCUCCUCCUUGUCCUCCCCUCGUCUCCUUACAACCUCCUCUCACCCGUCUCCCUCUCCGUCCCUCUCCUCCACUUCCUCCCUCCAGCCUCUCCCCUCCAGCCCUCAUUCCUUCAGACCCCCUCUCUCCCCCUCCUCCUCCCUCUCGUCUGUAUCUCCGUCCUCUCCGCCCUCCGCCCUCAGUCAGCUGACGCCUCGUCCGGUGGACCUCAGAGCAGCGAAGUCGUGUAAGAGGAAACUGCUGCUUCAUCCUGAAACUCCAAAGAAGAGACACCCGUCGGUCACACUACAGCCAGAACAAAACGACAACACAGUCAUCCUGUUCGAAGCCUCCAUGGAGUUUCUAGAAAACUCAAAUGCUGAUGAAGACGAGGACAGCGAUGAAGAUGAUGCCUCGUCCUUCGUCACCGCUCCUCUCUUUCCCGACUUCCCCCCCGUUGCCGAGGAGACACUGCCGAUGCGUUACGACCACGCCAGCAGGAAGGAGCAGGCUGUCGUCGUGGCGAUGGGAGGGAGGGCGGACCCUGGGAGGUUUGACCCCGCCUUCGAUGACUACUACACACUGAGACUGAGAGCUCUGUCAGAUUCUGUGUCGGUCGACGUCGUCUUCCUCCCUCAUUCCUCUCCUCCCGUCCUCCCUCACCCCAACACCUGGACCUCCAUCUUAUCCCACGGAGCCUUCUCUUCACAUGGACCUCCACCUUCACCAGCUGACCUUGUGGUCUUGGCGUCCCAGCUGACCAAUCAGAGGCUGGUGUGUGUCCUGGAGGCGUGUCACCUGGGGGGAACCAGAACUGAACUCAUCCUGAGCCGAGCGUUUCGGCUGCCCAACUGACACGCACACACACACACACG